AUGGACAGCAGCAGCAGAUUUGAAAUUGCGAAUAAGAGCCUCCUCCUCCCUGUCCCCAUCCCAAUCCCCACUUCCAGCAAGAUAAACGGGGAACAGCCCAACAAAGCGGCGCGACGACCACUCACGCCUCUAGCCACGCGGCGCGCCGACAGCUUCUUCGCCGACGAGACACCCGGCAUUGAUAUUGAAGGGUUAAGCUGGCCAAGUCUCGGAGCGCAGGCCAGAAAUAACUCGACAGAACAAGAAGACGAAGGUCGCCAGCUAGCCAAGCUCGCGAAUGCAGUCGCCACGAUACUAGAAUGCAUCGGUGAAGACCCCCGCCGAGAAGGGCUGUGCCGCACACCGGAACGAUACGCGAAGGCGCUCCUGUUCUUCACCAAGGGCUACCGAGAGAGCCUGCGCACGAUCCUGAAUGGGGCCAUCUUCCACGAAGGUCACGAUGAGCUGGUCAUCGUGAGAGAUAUCGAGUUCUCUUCACUGUGCGAGCAUCACCUGGUUCCGUUCUUUGGGAAGAUGCACAUCGGUUACAUCCCCAAUAGCCGCGUCAUCGGCCUCUCCAAGAUCGCCCGCAUCGUAGACAUGUUCUCGCGGCGACUGCAGGUCCAGGAACGUCUUACGAAGCAAGUCUCCACGGCCUUAUUUGAGAUCUUAAAGCCCCAGGGUGUGGCUGUGAUCGUGGAGGCGAGCCACAUGUGCAUGGUGAUGCGUGGGGUCGAGAAGACCGGGGCGAGUACGACGACGAGUUGUAUGCUGGGGUGUUUGAAGCAGAGCGCUAAGGCUAGGGAGGAAUUUCUGAGGCUUAUUGGAAGGACAUGA